UUUAUCUGUCAGUGUCAAACGAGUAUAUGUUUUAUGGGGUAAUUGCUUUAUAGUUUGGUGUUUAUAUUAUCAAAAUCAUUUUCUGGUAAACGGGAAACGAUAAGUAAUGAUUUUGUCGAUUCAAUAGUUUUUAAUGGUAAAAUAAUACAGUGAUACGAAGGACUUUUACCAAUAACACAAUGGCGGAUAGACUGACUCAACUACAAGACUGUGUAAAUCAGCAAGCAGAACACUUCUGCAAUAGCAUAGGAAUUCUUCAGCAGUUUGCACCGCCAAGCAAAUUCCCAAACUUUGAUAGAAGCGGGUCGCAAACACCACAACAGCAACAGACGCAAGAGGACUAUGUCCAGCUCUUCACCACGUUGAUUGCAAGAUGUGCAAAAGACAUUGAUACUCUCAUUGAAUCUCUUCCAAGUGAGGAAAGCUCCACAGAAAUACAGCUCCAGAGUUUAAGGAUACUAGAACAAGAAAACCAAGAAGCUGCAGAACGACUUGAAGCUGUAGUAAGAAAUGGUCAGGAAUUAUUAGAGAAAAUUCAGGCAGCACUCAGUGAUAUUGCCCAAGCUCAAUUAGACAUGCAGCAUUUGACAAAAACUGCUACUGGUAGCAAGGAAUAAUUUUAUCAUUGCUGAAUUUUAGUUUUAAGUUAAAAAUAUGGUUGUAACUUACUUUUAAGGUAUAAGUGAAUAAAAUAAAUAUAUUACAAUUUCCUAAAAUAAAGAUGAUUCUGUUG